UACUUCAGCUCCACCUACUCUUUCAGUUUCAAACUUUUCACCAAAUGUGACGCCACUGUCCUUACUGCCAAAUUAAUAAAGCACACAGGAUAGCUAUUCACAAUGACUUCUACAAACAUGUUUCAAGGGCUUGAUGGCGCGAAGCCAAGUUCAAGAGUGCUGCGUCCUCCUGGAGGUGGCUCCAGUAACUUGUUUGGUGGUUAUGAAGAAGACGCGUCUGCCUCCAGGAGGCCUCAUAAAAUGGCCUCCACUAUUUUUGAGCCAGUAGAGGAUUCCAGUGGAUCCCCCAGGCGAUCUAACCCCCCAGGGGGGAGGAGCAGUGGGAUAUUUGACGAACCCAAGGCUCCCUCACAGCAGCACAGACCGGCUCCUCCAGGUGGGCCGACCAGCAGCAUCUUUGGGGAAGCAGAGCGCUCCGUGCCCCCUGCCACUACCCGGAGCCACCCUAAUAAACCAAAGGAUAACAUAAACAUGUCUUCAAGUGCCACUCCUGAACAAGAGCCUCCAACUUCUCAGCCAAAGGAAACUCAAAUACCAGUGAUUUGUCCUCCACCUGUAAAGGUGGAACAGCUCCAGUCUGAGGCAGAGCCCUCCGCUCCCUCCAGGCUCCUGGAGAAGGACCACGAGCCCCGUCUGGGGGCUCGGCCUCGCUCCCACAACAAGGUCCUCAACCCCCCUGGAGGAAAGUCCAGCGUGGUCUUCUAUUGACCAACUUCCCAUCUCUCUUCUUUCUGUACACAUUCUUUUUGUUUGUUUUAUCCUCCCUCAUUCCACCCUUUCUCACUGUCCUCCAGGGAUGAUUUGUUGUUAAAAAUGAUCCUCUAUUCCCUUAUAAAGGAAAUAGUCACAUCUCAAUGAUUCAUGUUUGAUUUAUUUGUCACAUUUCAUAUCACAUCCCUGGUCUGCAUUCUUCUGCACUUUAAGACCGUUCCUGAGGACCUCUUUGUGUUGUUGUUUUCUGGAUGAAACGCUUGCAAUCACUACUGUCCUGUUACUGUGUUGAGGUGACGUGUGUAAUCAUGUAAUUACUCACUGUAAAUGUUCAUCUUUGACUUGGUAAUGGAUUGUGAUGAAAGGCUGGUGAGUAAAAUAGGUCUACUGUGUUUCAGGCACCCUCAAUGUUCAUCCACCAAACUCAGUUCCGUUUACUGUUCUACAUUCUAUAGACCUUUUACUGUCUGUUCAUCUUGCUUGUUGUUCUAACCACUAAUGCAAAUGGGUAAUGUCAUCAGUUUGCUUACGUUUUGCCAAUUAACCAUAUUUCUUUUGCAUUUCUGUCUUGCUUAUGUUUUUGCUUAAGCUUAUGUUAUCAUAUACUAUACAUUUAUAAAACUUUGUUCAGGGAAAAAAAGCCAACAAAAAAAAUCUAAUACACAAAGAGCUACGUCAGCCAAUUGCCUUGACCCAAAGUUUAUUUUCCUUCAAUUUUGAUCUUGUCCACUGGGGCAAAUACUGAAUGUAUCGUGUUUCUGGUUUGGUUCAGACACUGUUUGCUCUAAGAAUGGUAAAUCAGUUUGGGGAGGCCUUUAAUUUAUGUUUUAAAUUAAAACUGUGGCACACAAGUGAACUCUGGAAGAUAGCAUGACAGGCCAACAGAGCAGGCUCAGCCUCAUACAGCAGGCUCAGCUUCAUACGGCAGGCUCAGCCUCAUACAGCAGGCUCAGCCUCAUACAGCAGGCUCAGCCUCAUACAGCAGGCUCAGCCUCAUUCAGCAGGAUGAGCCGUAUAGCCCAGCCACCAUGUUGCACACGUUAACAGUAUCCCGGCUCUGCCCGUAAUGUUGAAAGGUGUAAUGCCCAUUAUUUCUUUAUGCAACCUAUAACCCUGUACAUGGUGUAUGCCAAUUACUAUGAUCCUAGACAAUCAUCUUAGACUAACCCUAAGUAGCUGAGCGACUGUUGUGAGUGGUGGGGCGUACUUGACCUCUACUUGUUAGCUUGGACUGGUAGUGUGCAACAAUUGAAAUGUAACAAAAUUGAAUAAAAAUGUAAUACCAUGCCAAUGUAAUAAAAAUGCUGACCAAAGAACAUUGUGUUGGUAGCCAUUCAAACUGUGCUGUCCCUCAGAAAUAAAAACACACCCACAUCAAAAUGU